AUGAAUAUUUAUUUAGACAAACCAGGAAGUGGUGGUCGUGAGCAUGUUUUGGAGUGCAAAGCCAAGAAAAGUGGCUCUGGAUCAGUGCACUUGGAGUCCUCGCUGACAGCUCUCUUCUUUCUUCCACAUCCGCAUCCACCUCCACAUGGUGGUGGUGGUGGAGGUGGGAGUUUAAGUGUGGGCACGUUGAAUGAGAUAACAGAGCAUCCGAGUGUUGGGAGACAUCCUCCGCCACCUCCACCACCACAUCCUCCUCCACAUCCACCUCCACAGCCACCGCCGCCGCCUCCGCCUCCUGGGAAGAGGAACGCCUGGGUGGAGAUGAUGAGAACGGCUAGGGUUACCACGAAUCUCUGA